CACCUCUCAAACCGAAUUCACCCUCUGAAUAUCUGCUGACAGUCGCCCAUCGCAUAACCGUUGGCGUCUUCUCGGGCCUACACUACACCUCCCUCGGGAUCCGAAUUCCAAUCGCAAUUGCCAUCGCAAUCACAACUCCAACCGAAUUGACCGCGAAUCCAAAAAUGACAGACCUAGGCAAAACCCCAUUUAUAAAGGAGCUCGCCUCCAGCGACAAAAAACUCCGCGACAAAGCCACCACCUCCCUAACGCUAUUCCUGCGCGCGAAAACCGACCUCUCGAAUCUCGAUCUCCUAAAACUAUGGAAGGGGCUUUUCUUCUGCUUCUACCACUCCGACCGCCCCCUGACGCAACAAGCGCUCGCCCGCACACUAUCCUACAACCUGGUGCCGACACUGCCAAAGGCGACAACCCAGAAAUUCCUGCGCGCGUUCUGGUUGACGAUCGGCCGGGACUUCCAUUCUAUUGAUCGGUUGCGGUUGGAUAAGUACCUGUUUUUGAUUCGGUGCUACGUUGGGGUUGGGUUUGAGGUUUUCGUUCGGGGCGGGAAGCAGAAAGAAGAUUUGAAUGGGGCUGGUGAUGGUGAUGUGGAGGGUAAGAAGCGGAAGAGGGCUCAGGAGGAGCAAACCUCAAAGAAAGGUGGGAAGAAGCGGAGGGGUAAGGGGCAACAAUUACAGGAAUUACCCAAGGAAGAUGAGGAGAAGGUAGAGGACGGAGAGAAGAACGACUGGACGGCGCUGGAAUCCUACCUCGCUAUUCUCGAGGACGGACCGCUGUGUCCGGUCAACUUCGACCCCGAUCAACCCCCUGCCAACGAGGCCGAGGACUUUAUCCCCAUGCCGCAUGGGCCUGACGGGCUGCGGUACCAUGUUAUGGAUAUCUGGGUGGAUGAGUUGGAGAAGGUGCUGGAGUUUGAAGAAGAAGUGACGGCUGAGGAUGGGACCACGGUCAAGAAACCGAAGGGCCAGGUGCCGGGCGACUUGCUGCUGCGGCCGCUUGAGAGGCUGCGGACGGAGAGUCCGUACAAGCCUGUUCGUGUCCGGGCGGCGGAGGCACUGGACGAUGAGCGGUUGGUUCAGUGGGGGUGGAAGGAACGGAAGGUGGAGAGUGAGAGUGAAGAUGAUAGUGAGGAUGAGGAGUGGGGUGGGUUCGGAGAGGAAUGAUUUUGCAUGAACAUACGCUACACACAUAACAAAAGUUUAUACUUGUCUGGAGUUUUGGUCGUGCAAAUCUAUACUGUACUGUACUUAUAUGCUACAUGCU